UCCCUAAUAUUCUACUAAUCACUAAUAAAAUCCACCGGUUUGGUUAGUAAUAAUAAAAAUAAUGAGAUGAAGUUCGGUAAGAGAUUGAAGCAGCAGGUUGAAGAAACAUUGCCGGAAUGGCGGGACAAGUUCUUGUCCUACAAAGAGUUGAAGAAGCUGGUUCGCUUGAUUUCUUCCGCCCCGAUCUCCACCGCCUCAUCCGUCGACUACGGCAAGGCCGAGGCCAAGUUUCUGUUCUUGUUGCACAAUGAGAUCGACAAGUUUAACGCGUUUUUCAUAGAGCUCGAGGAGGAUUUCAUUAUCCGCCAUAAGGAAUUACAACAAAGAAUUCAGAAAGUGAAGGAAAGAUGGGAGCCUUCAGAAAGUGAGUACAAAGAGGAAAUGGGGAAGAUGAGAAAAAACAUUGUCAACUUUCAUGGUGAAAUGGUGCUGUUGAUCAACUAUAGCAACAUCAAUUACACAGGGUUAGCGAAGAUCUUGAAGAAGUAUGACAAGAGAACAGGAAGGUUACUCCGGCUGCCAUUCAUCAAAAAAGUUGUGCAACAACCAUUUUUCAUGACGGAAGCCAUAUCGAAACUGGUGAAAGAAUGUGAAAAUACCAUAGACUCAGUUUUGCCGAUGCCGGGGAAAAAGGUGAUGAGAAAAGACAUAAGAGUAGGUGUAGAAGGAAUAUUUAGAAACACAGUUGCAGCUUUACUGAGCAUGGAAGAGAUUAGAAGAGGCAGCUCUACUUACAGUCAUUUCUCUCUACCUCCCCUAAACUUGCCUGAUUCUGAUCUUAUUCAUUCAUUUCAACUCAAAUCUCCUAUACCUAUUAUCUAACUAUAUAUCAUCAAAACUAUAAAUAAGUUGAAAUACUCAAAUAAUUUAGUUAUAUUAUUUAUCUCCCACACAUUUUAUAAUUAACCUUGUAUUUUUGCCUUUUGUUUUAUCUACGUACUAAUGGUAUUGAUGAG